AUGUUGCGACGGCCGUCCGGCCACGUCGCUUGCCGGCCCGAGGUCCUCCUGGCUUUCGCUUUCCUCCUAGUUAACUUGCAAUGGCUCCAACUCGUUGAUGCUCAGCCGCAGCGUCACGCGAGGUCUCCCCGAGAGGACGACGACCAUGCCGUGCCCAACAUUGCUACACUGUCCACCCUGACAGGAGGCCACCCACAAGCCGUCAUCGAGACGCCCCGAACUCACGGCCGUGGCAAGCGGACCGUAGUCGAAAUCGCCGACGGGCCCAAAACCGAAUCUAUCCGAUUGAGCUAUCACGCCCAAUCCGACAACAAUAAUAUCAACCAUGCCGACUUGAUUUCUAACAAUGCGCGCGCCAACGCUCUUGCUCCGGACUCGUCCGUUCGAGCACCUCCGACCCAAUACAACAAGGUCGGCUCCUUGGGGGCCGAGCUCUCGCAGCACCAGAUUGCGCGGAGCUUGGAGGACUGGGAAGUGGAAGACUUUGUGCUUCUGGCGACCAUUGACGGAGAUCUGUAUGCCACCGACCGCGUUCGUGGCGAGGUGCGGUGGCACUUCAAGGCCGACCACCCCAUGGUCGAAACUCGGCACUUCCGAACCUCCCGCUCCCCCGUCGAUGAGGACUACCACGAGAUGGACCAUUGGAUCUGGAUUGUGGAACCCACAAGGGACGGCGAGAUAUACAUCUGGAGACCGAGCGACUCGGGUCCCCAGUUGACCAAGAUGGCCAUGACCAUGAAACAGCUGGUCGAAAACUACAGCGGCCUUCAUAUGAACGGCAUCGUCUACACGGGCGAGAAGAGGACCAACAUGGUGACCCUAAACGCCGCGACCGGCGCCAUGAUCAAGAACUUGGGCCCCAGAGGUGUCAAUAUCAACAAGGUUGAGUCCGAGCGAUGCCUCAGAGAGUAUGCCCUCGGCAACAGCAUCACCAGCGAGUGCAGCAACAGAGAAACCAUCACCCUCGGCCGUACAGAAUACAUUGUCGGUGUGUACCGCACCGAUGGCAGUCCCAUUGCAUCCCUCAAGUAUUCCGAGUGGGCACCCAACGUGUUGGACGGUGACUUGGGCCAGCAACAUUCAGCUACACCUGAUAAGCGCUAUAUCACUGGUAAACCUGAUGGCACCUUCUUUGGCUUUGGCCUUGAUCGGGAGAGCGGUGAUCGGCCUCUUUUCACCCAGCAGCUCACUUCCCCUGUUGCUCGCGUCUUUGAUGUCCUUCGUCGUCAGUGGAAUCCGACCGGGACCAGCGACACGGACUUGAUUAUCCUUCCCCAACCUCUGAUUCCCGUCAAUCACCUGAUUUCUCGUUAUCGCAGCGGAAAGGUUUUCGUCAAUCAUACUGAAGAGGGUAGCUGGUAUGCUCUUUCGGGAACUCAGUAUCCCCUCAUUCUUCAUUCUUCGCCUGCCCCUGUCCACAAGUAUCGGCCGUUGGAAGGUGGUAUGGAUGAAGACAAAUUGUCCGAAGCCCUCGUUGGCAUCCAUGACCUGCCCGACUGGCGGAUUCCCAAGGAAAUUAACCGCCUAGUGCCACUUCUGGAUGCGCCUCCUCCUCCCGCCAGCGACGCCGUUAUUACUGCUUUUGACUUUUUCCGCAACCCCUUCACUCUGUUGGUUGGUAUUGUGAUUGUCAUCGGUGUGUGGACACGGGCUUGGAUACCAAAAUCGUCCAAGAAAGGCUACUCCUUCGAGGGAUUCCUGGACUUCAUGAGAACGCUCGGGAGAAAGGUUGUGGACCUCUCACGCUUUAGGAUUCACGUUGUCCGUACAGAACCAACCCCGGCCGUAACUGAUGUUGCCCCGCGCUCCGAGGUAGCUCAGGAGGAAAUCAGUAAGACCGAUACAUCCUCGCCAGAUUCGUCCGCCGGGGAUUCUGGGUCUGAUGAAGGAUCGGUGAAGAAGGAAGUGACGUUUGCCAGCCUUCCACAAUCUUCCGAAAAGCCACCAAGCGCCGAUUCAAAUGAUGUCCCCGCGGAACCUACCAAGCCAAAGAAGAAGGCUCACAGGGGACGCCGCGGCGGUAUAAAGCACCGAAAGGGUCCUAAGAACGAGAACACCCAGUCCCGCGACGACGAGCCCCCUGAGCCUACUGUGGACGAAGUCGUCAAGAAGGCUAAGGAGAUUGGUCAGCAGCCGAACUUGGAGCCAGAUGUCAUCACCAUUCCAAAUGGUGUCGAUAAUGUUUCUGGCCCCAUCUUGAAGAUGGGCAGUCUGGAAGUCAACCAGGAGCAACAGCUUGGCAUAGGAAGCAACGGUACCAUCGUUUUCGCCGGGAAGUGGGAUGGCCGUGCUGUUGCUGUGAAGCGCAUGCUGGUCCAGUUCAAUGAGAUUGCCAGCCAGGAAACCAAGUUGCUGAGAGAGAGUGACGAUCAUCCGAACGUCAUCCGGUAUUUUGCUCAACAACAGUCUGCCGGAUUCCUUUACAUCGCCCUCGAACUCUGCCAGGCCUCCCUCGCAGAUGUCAUCCAGCGCCCCAGUAUGUUCCGCGAACUUGCUCAGGCGGGUGAGCGCGACAUGCCUGGAGUCCUGUACCAGGUUGCCAAGGGGCUAAGCCAUUUGCACAGUCUCAGGAUCGUCCAUCGUGACCUCAAACCCCAGAACAUCCUCGUCAACAUGGGCAAAGAUGGUCGCCCGCGUAUCCUUGUUUCUGACUUUGGCCUUUGUAAGAAAUUGGAAGGUGGACAGUCGUCGUUCGGCGCUACUACCGCUCACGCGGCUGGCACGACCGGCUGGCGUGCCCCGGAACUGUUGCUUGACGACGAUGGAGGCCCUGGACCAGGUGCCAUGAUGACCUUUACCGACCCCGGUUCCAGCAUGCACAGUGCUUCCGGUACAGGUUCCGGAGUUGUGGGAGCUGGUGUUAACGUACGCCGUGUCACCCGAGCGAUCGACAUCUUUUCCCUUGGUUUGGUCUUCUUCUAUGUCCUCACCAAGGGGCACCACCCCUUCGACCUUGGUGAUCGGUAUAUGCGCGAGUCGAACAUCCGCAAAGGCAAAUAUGACUUGCAGCUUCUCGAAGUUCUCGGGGACUACGCUCAUGAUGCCAAAGACCUGAUCGAGAGCAUGCUCAAUACGAACCCUAAGAAACGUCCCACCGCGCUUGGUGUCAUGGCUCACCCUUUCUUUUGGAGUCCCAGGAAGCGCCUCAACUUCCUUUGCGACGUCUCAGACCAUUUCGAGAAGGAGCCGCGUGAUCCUCCCUCGCCAGCACUCUCGUUGCUGGAGGAGCAGAGCACUUGCGUGAUCACCAACGGUGAUUUCCUCAAGAACUUGCCCAGGGAGUUUGUUGAGUCGCUGGGCAAACAGCGCAAGUACACAGGCAGUCGUAUGCUUGAUCUGUUACGGGCGCUGCGCAACAAGAAGAACCACUACGAGGACCUUACUCCCCAGCUUAGGAAGAUGGUCGGGCCGUUGCCGGAAGGAUACCUUGGCUUCUUCACCACACGGUUCCCCAACCUUCUGAUCAAAUGCUGGGAAGUGAUUGCGGAUCUUGACCUGGAGGAAUCGGAUCGGUUCAAGGAGUAUUAUGAACCAGCUGGGUUGUAG